AUUUGUUCUCGGGCGGAUGUAGAAGGAGUGACCGCUACCAUAGGAGGGGCGAAUCCAGGAUUGAAUCGCUCCCUGUCUGCGAUAAGGGUCUCGAGAUACUCGUGAGGUGCGCGGACAGGUCUCGCAGAUGCCUCCAACAAGCGGAUUUUUACCUCGUUAUUUCUCCAUGCGUGAUUUUUCAGUCUCGUCGUCCGGCUGAUGUACAGAGGGAGAUGCGUGCAGACGCUGUUAGCAGAUCACAGGGGAAACAUUGCGACCAAAGUGUCCGAGGCUGCACCUGAUAUCUAAAUCUCCUGCCUUUAUUACCCCCGUCCACUUUAUCAGUCGUGUUUUAUGUCUCUUGCUUCAACUCUCUGGAUUUUGCUUUGUGCACACAUUUGGGACGCCAGACCGCAAAAUGAGUGAGGAAAUAUCAGAUGUCCCGCAAGAACUGCUUGAAAGUGUAAAAGAUGCAGUGGGGAGGAAGAUCAAGCUGGUGGUCAAGAAGCGAGUUAAAUUGGAGAUCAAAGGAGACAAAGUGGAGAACAGAGUCCUGGCCUUGGCAUCUCAUCGAGCUUAUCUCCUCAGCGCACGCAUUCCCACCAAGGUGGAGCACACUUUCAAUUAUUUGGAGAUUCAAGGCAUCACGUGUAACAAGCCCACACAGUUUGCAGUGGAGUAUGAGCGCGGUCAGAUGUCUCUUAAGAUGGCAUCUACAGAUGAGGUGAAUGAGGUGGUCGCUCACAUAGGCAGCUGUUUACAAAGGAUCUGGCCUGGGCUGCCUCCUCUGAAGAUUAUGAAGAAGUUGUCCAUGGAGCCUCCUGAAAGAAUCAGCUCUUUGCAGGCACAUUGGGAGAGUCAGAGUGGAACUGAACCAGGACCUUGUGGUGGGUUCUCACAGCAAUACAGGUGUGUGUGUGACUGGUUAGGUCUUCCAUACAGAGAGGAGGUUCAGUGGGAUGUGGACACAAUCUAUCUGACGCAAGACACACGAGAGUUAAACCUGCAGGACUUCAGUCACCUGGAAAACAGGGAUUUGGUGGCCAUAAUCGCAGUGCUGGAAUAUAACCAGUGGUUCAGUAAGCUUUCCACCAAGGAUUAUAAACUGUCUACAGAUGUGUGUGAUCAGAUUCUGAGAGUUGUUGCCCGAUCCAGCCGACUGGAGGAGCUGGUUUUGGACAACGCUGGACUCAAAACGGAUUUUGCACAGAAAUUGGCAAAUGCUCUCGGCCACAACGCCAGCUCAGGACUGCACACCUUAAACCUUGCCAACAAUCCUCUUGAGGACCGGGGAAUCGCUUCUUUAGGUGCACAGUUUGCCAAACUCCGCAAGGGCCUCAAGCAUCUGAACUUUUCCAGAACCUCACUGUCACCCAAAGGGGUGAACAGCCUUGCUCAGUCACUGAGUGCCAACCAGUCCAUUCCCAACACCCUUACCCACCUCGACCUCUCAGGAAACGUGCUGCGGGGGGACGACCUGCCGAGUUUCUACAAUUUCCUCGGGCAACCGAACAGCCUGCACACAUUGGAUCUGUCCAACACAGACUGCUCACUUGACCUGGUUUGUUCUGCACUUCUCAGAGGGUCCAUCCAGCACCUCACCGUCCUUAAUGUGUCAAAAAGCAUCUUUGCCCUCAGAAAAGGUAAAGAUGCACCUCCUCCAUUUAAACACUUCUUCAGCAGUGCAAUGGUUCUCAACACCAUCAACGUAUCGGGAACCAAAUUACCUCCAGAGGCCUUGAAAGCGCUUCUGCUUGGUCUGGCCAGUAAUGGUAAUGUUAAAGAUGUCUCUCUGGACCUCAGCUGCUGCGAGCUGCGGUCCGGUGGCUCUCAAAUCCUGGAGGGCUGCAUUGCUGAAAUUCCCAACAUCUCCUGCCUGGAUAUCUCAGAUAAUGGUCUGGACUCUGAUAUGGCCACUUUGUUAGUAUGGCUGGCUAAGAACCGCUCUAUAAGACAUCUCUCACUGGGGAAGAACUUCAACAACAUCAAAUCAAAAAAUCUGGCUCCUGUUUUGGAUAACCUGGUGCACAUGAUUCAAGAAGAAGAAUCGCCCCUGACGUCUCUCUCAUUGGCAGACUCUAAGCUGAAGACUGAUCUUACUCUUGUUCUGAACGCUCUGGGCAGUAACUCUUCUUUGACGCGUGUGGACAUCAGUGGAAAUGGGAUGGGAGACAUGGGGGCAAAGAUGCUGGCCAAAGCUCUCCAGAUUAACAGCAAACUUCGGACGGUCAUCUGGGACAGAAACAAUGUCAGUCCACAAGGUCUUCAGGAUGUGGCCACUGCAUUGGAGAAGAACUUCACCAUACGUUUCAUGCCACUUCCUAUUAUAGACGCGUCCCAGGCACUCAAAGCCAGUCCUGAGAAAACAGAGGAUGCUUUACUAAAGAUUGAGAGCUACUUGUACAGGAACCACGAGACCCGCAAGUAUGUCCAAGAGCAAGCGUACCGACUCCAGCAGGGCAUCGUCACCACCACCACACAGCAGAUGAUCGACCGAAUGUGUGUAAAAGUCCAAGACCAUCUCAACUCCCUGAAGAACACAGAAAAAGACGCCGUCCAGGAGGACGUCAGAAUAGCAGAGAACCUCAUGAAGGACGCAAAAAACUCAAAAACACUUCUACCCAACCUGUAUCACCUGGGCAAUGCGUCCAGAGAGGAGGUCAGCGCAUCUGCCGUGGGACCUAUCCAGGAGAAACUGGACUCUAUGGCUGGAGAAGUUGCACGGGUUAUGGAUGAACAGCUUCAGACACUGCUAGAGUCAAUGGUGGGUGCAGCUGAGGGUCUCUGUCCUAACGUCAUGAAGAAACCCAACCUGCAGCAAGAUCUCAUCAAAGCCGGCAUGACCAAGAUGGUCGUUCCUCGCAGUUUUGUCAAGAACACACUGCUCGAGCAGUCGGGCAUUGACAUCAUGAACAAAAUCAGUGAAGUCAAACUCAGCCUGGCGUCUUUCCUGUCCGAUCGAAUCGUUGAUGAGAUUUUAGAGGCACUUUCCAGCUCACAGCAGACACUGGCUGAGCACUUGUCAGGGAAAGGACGCCCCCUGCUGCAACAAUCAUCUCUUGAUAUGGACGUCCCGGAAGAGAAAGUUUCUAAACGCUCCACCACAGAGUUAAUGGAGGCUGAGAGACUGGAUGAUAUGGAGACCUGCAUGAUGACGCCCAAGUCUAAGAGGAAGAGCAUUCACAGUCGAAUGCUAAGGCCGGUCUCCAGAGCGUUUGAAAUGGAAUUUGAUUUAGACAAAGCUCUUGAAGAUGUCCCUAUACACAUAGAAGAUCCCUCCCCACCUCCUAAACUGGAUAAAAGGCCGUCAACAGCCAUGGGAGAACUUCCGUCUGAGGAAUGUAAAAAAUUACAACACUACACCAAACUGAGACCCAAGAGGAAUAAAAAGACUCAUUCCGGUAAAACUCCACCAAUCAGCAGCGCUCCAUCUCAUGAAGGAGAGCAGAACGGCCUCAUGGGAAGAGUAGAUGAAGGGGUAGAGGAGUUUUUCUCUAAAAGAGUCACCAAAGUAAAUGAUCAUAAACGAUCAUCCCUAAAAAGUUCUGAGUCUCAAGACGGCGAUAAGAAACGUGAAUCUCGCAAGGGUGGUUUUCUUAACCUCAUCAAGUCACGUUCCAGCAAAGAUAAAGACAAAGAGAAGGACAAGGAUAAGAACCAAAGCUCCGCUGCAGCUCAAGCCCCAACACCCUCCCCUGUCCCGAGUCAAGCGGCUCCUUUAGCUGCAGAGGAACCCUCGUCCCCUAAGGGUUCUGUCCGGAGCCCACCGCCUGACAUUAAAGCAAAAUCCCAGACUCCGCCCACAAACCACAGCAGCGGCUCGGAGCGAUCCGAGGAGCCGAAGACGCCGGACUCUGUGGACUCUGAGUUGUCAGAGGGAAGUCCUCAGGGCAACCGCAGGUACGGCGUGCAGGUGAUUGGCAGUGGACUGCUGGCAGAAAUGAAGGCCAAACAGGAGAAGAGAAGCCCCUUUAGCUCUCAUAAGGUAUCGGAGUCAUCAUCUAGUUCAGACAAGAUGGAUGGACCCUCAUCAGUAAAAGGACAGUCUCCCGAGACCCGUUCUUCAGGAAUAACAAAGACUGAGUCGAGCGUCAGCUCUGCAGAUAAAGUCUCUCGGGAUGGCAAGCCUGAAACAGCACCGAGACCCAGGACUUCAUCAUCCACCCUGACCCCCACAAGCCCCAAACCCCCAUCGCAAGGCACCAAACCAGCCCUAGCCGCACGGCCUGCCAUCCCUCAAAAACCACGAACCAGCAGUGUCAGAAGCAUAGAUGAGAGCUCUGAUUCUCCUGCUAAGGGCGCAGGAUUGAGAAAGGGUCUCUCGGAGAAAGAAGGACCCAGCAGUCCUUCACAAACCAGCAAAAACUCUGCUCAGGAAGACAUUAGCGUGUUUGAACCAGACUCUGAGCUGGACAAAAGCAUAUCAGCCUGCAGAGAUCGAUCAGCACAUCAGCAUACAGACGACGGGAAUCAUGAGGAACACAGCACACCUCUCUCCAGGCCCGUAAGGACGUCUACAGCGACCGACACCUCCCAGAAAUCCAGUCGGCUAAACUCAGAAGAGACCAGCAGUAAGAGUAAAAACCCACCGGCCAACAGCAGCAAGGACUCGAAUCAGAGCGGCAAAACUGCCGAAUCCGGGGAAGAGCCCGAUAAAGACUUUAUUUUUAUAUGAGAAAGACCACAUAACCGUGCAUCCGUACCUUCCUGCUAAUACAAACCUCACAAAAUCUUGCCACCUUUCCAAACAUCUCAAAUAACCAGGAAGUGUGAUUGUGUGCGGGUCACGAGUUUUAAAUCUACGUGUGUGUGCAUGCUUGCAUGCUUAUUUCUUUCUCUCCUUCAAAAAGAAAGAUGGAAGUGCAAUAUGACGUGUCUUGCUUUAGGAAGAGACUUUGUUGCAUUAUAAUACAUCGAGUAAUAAGUUAGCAUCAGGGCUCAAGCACUGUUAGACUAUGCGUGCAUAUGUGCGUGCGCUUUCACUGUGUUAAAAUACCCUUUACUCUCUCUCUCUUAGUGCAGCAAAUGAAUCUCUGAUAUGAAUCUUUGAUUCAGUUCUGGCUGUUAAACCCGUAUGCCUUAGUCAAACUGUACUGUAACAAGUAAAGCAGGACACUGAGCGCAUUUCAUUUUGUUGGGUUUGAAAAUAAAACUGUGGAGACACAACUAUUACAGGAUGUGUUUAAGAGCGAGUAUCAGGAAAUAUCUGCUUCAGGUUCAGUCGACAUUCCAAGAUCUGUCUUAUCCGAGUUUGUUCUGGUUAUAAGUGAUUUAAGUGCAUCUGUCUCGUAUUCCCUUCACUGGUCUGUCAAAUUACACUGGCGUUGUUCUUUUUGUUUUUAUUUCGUAACAAAUCAAAAUUUAUUAAUUUUGCAAAGCUUUUUCACUUUGUGUCACACGUCUGAUGUGCAUGUUUGGGUGUGAAUGUAUUGUGUGUGUGCGAGUGUGCAUGUGUACGGUGGUACGAUAUGCUUUUCUAUGUGCGUGUGUGUGUGUGUGUAUGUAUAUGCAAAUUAUACUCAAUAUGUUAGUUUUAAGGACAGAAAGCCUUGACUAAAAUAAACUGCACUGUUAAUAAUGAUUUUUCAAUGAAAUCUGUUUAGUCUAGGACUAAACCUAAUCUGUGUUGAAAAAAGCAGAUUACAUAAAGUAUUUGAUUUUGAAAUGUUAACAUUUAAUAUAUAUAUAUAUUUGUGUGUGUGCGGUAUAUAUGUAUGACAGUGUACACAGACUACACGGUCUAUAGAUACAGUAAGGUACUAAUCACACUGCUGAAAUAGUGGAAGUUGUCAUUUUAAUAUUAUUAUGACUGACGAUCAGUGCCGCUUUUUUAAUCAACACAUCUGGCUCUUCCUCGUACAUUCGAAUGUAAAUUUUGUUGAUACGAUGCUUGGCGAUUUCUAAUCAUUUUGUUAAUGCACAAUGCUGGGCACUAUGGAUUAGUAUUUUCUUUAUGGGAAAUUAAAUGUAAGUAAUCAGUGUUGAUAUGUUAUUAAAUCCUGUUUUUCUUUAAAGGUGUGUCGUCUUCUGGGCAGUAGUCUUUUAGACUCUUUCUUUGUUCGUCAUGCAGUAUUUUGAUUGGCUGGUUUUUGGGGGGUUCAACUCUUUAAUGUUUUCCACUUACGUGCUUUAUGGGUUGUGGACAUCUUAUUAUGUGUCUAUUUAUGUCAGUUCAAUUAAAACUGAUUUUACAAAUUUGCAUGA